CAGCAGCAGCUCCAGUCUCACUUUCUGGACGUGAGCUCAGCAUUUUGAUUUUUCUAGCCUCCAGCUUCACCCUGCUGUCGGAGAGGCCCUUUAUCCAGGGGGGGAAGUGGAAUGAAAACAGACGACAUCUAGGAAUAGUUGAACAUAUUGUUGGUUGCUCUACGUCGAUAGAAGAUUACAGAAACAGCAGCAUGGGGGUCUAUGAGGAGAAAAAGGAAACAUGUGGAACCGUCUGCCUGAAAUACCUCCUGUUUACAUUCAACUUUCUCUUCUGGUUGGCAGGGGGCGUUGUGAUGGCGGUGGGCGUUUGGACCUUGGUUGAGAAGAGCGACUACAUCAGCCUUCUCUCCUCCAAGACCUACGCUGCCUCCGCCUACAUACUGGUCCUGGCUGGAGCCAUCGUCAUGGUAACAGGCGUGCUGGGCUGCUGUGCCACCUUCAAGGAGCAGAGGAGGCUACUGCGAGUGUACUUUGUCCUGCUGCUGUGUAUCUUCCUGUUGGAGAUCCUGGCUGGCAUCCUGGCUUAUAUCUACUACCAGCAGUUGAAUGACGAGCUGAAGCAGAAUCUGAAGGAGACCAUGACCCAGAAGUAUCAACAGAAAGGCCACGAGCAAGUCACCAGGGCUGUAGACAAACUGCAGCAAGAGUUCAAGUGCUGUGGCAGCAACAGUUCAUCCGACUGGAAUCAGAGCGUCUGGAUUCGCUCCUUAGAGGCAAGCCAAAGACAUGUGCCUGACAGCUGCUGUAAGACUCCCACUGAGUUCUGUGGCCGCAGGGACCACCCAUCCAACAUCUACAAGGUGGAGGGCGGCUGCAUCACCAAACUGGAGAAAUUCAUCCUGGACCAUCUGAAGAUCAUUGGAGCAGUGGGUGUUGGGAUUGCCUGUGUACAGAUCAUAGGGAUGGUGUUUACAUGCUGCCUAUAUCGAAGUCUAAAGGCAGAGCCAUACUAAGAGAAGCAGAAGAAGAAAAGUGUGUGAGUGUAGGAGGUAACUUCAUCACCACAUGCCAUACUCAAAUAGCCCAUAGGUUCUUUUCUUUGCCUUGCACAUAGGGGAAGGAAAAUUUGGCAAGGGAUCAAAUUGCACAUCUGAGGAUCUCAUUUUGGUAAACAAAGGGUGGAAAAACACUACAAGGUAUCUUGAAGUAAUUAGGUGCUCAAAUUGCAGUCUCAGCUACAUCUUCAAGAUCACAGCACUGUGAGAAAAAGCCUUCGAGAGAAACUGAUGGGAAUUUUAACACAGAUUGUGUAAAUGAGCGUGGGACAGCCUCCUUGGGACUAAAACAUUGUAGUUUUCUUCCACUCGGAUUCCCUCGAUGUACAUUUAUGUUUGUGGACCAGGUGCUGCACCCAAGAGUGGAGUAAAGACCGGUGGAGUAAAACUGGCACUUUGCAGAAAAUGUUAAUCUUGGUCGCAGCAGCCUUCCUUUCCCAGCAGCACGGUUUAACAAGCCGAACUCUGGGGCCCCCCUUUCAACUGCAGCAGCAUUUUGUUUCCACGCUAACUAGCCAGUCAUGCAUUUUAAAUAUUUUUUCAGUAGUGGCCUUUUUAAACUUUUGAACUGUUAGUUUUUGUAUUUUUUACAUGAUUAUUUUCUGUAACAUGUGAGGCACUUUCUUUUGAGCUAUGAGGCUUUAUUUGCCUAAUGUUUCUUCAUCGUGUUUGAUCAUGUUUAAAACCUUAAAGACCUGCUGCCAAGGAAGGUACAUAAGUGCCUCACUCAACAGCAUAACUGCACCAUUUGACACAGCAAAGCCAGCAUUUUAACCAUUAAGUCUGAUAUUAAUGAAGUGAUUUUGUGAUUGAAUACAUACAAGCAGUGCCACUAAUGUUGCUCAUAAGAAAGUGCCUCAUUUUUUCUUUUUUAUACAAGGGAUUUAUCCACUGAUGCCAAAGUUGUCAACUGUAACUUUGUGUAAGGACCUACUGCAUCUCUUCUAGCCUUAUUCAUUCUACUGAUGUCUCUCUUUUUAGAUUGUUUUCAUAUAUGAAGAUUGUGUUUACUUUUCUAUAGACCAUAAAUAUAUUAUUGUAUUUAACAGACACAUGGUAGAAAAUGAUUUUUUCACUCACUGUCAGCAAUGAUCUUUUUCCUAUGUGCCUCAAAGUCGACACUGGAUUAACCUACUGUAUUUCUGUCUUAAUAACAAUAAUCCAGGAAUAAUUUUAGCUUGAAUAAACAUGGAUCAAAGACA